CUAGCCGACAGCAGCCAUGGCCUCUGACAGUAGGGGUCACGACAAUCUAGAUUCGUACAGUUCAGGCAAGAUGUUUUUUUAGGCGAAUCAAAAUUCACCUCGUAACGGGUGGUGGGAUGGAGGGAGGGUGAUGCGGAGGCCAACUGAGGGAGCCGCCAUGUCACUCCCUCACCUCUUACUGCCAUCUCCAGUGCGAACGGGCCGUGAGUAAGGGGAAUAAUUUGUAUUGGCCGAUAUUGAAGCCGAAGUCGCCGACGAGCAAGAGAGCACAUGAACUUUAGUACCCUUUCAAGAUUUUUAGUCGACUCACGAGCGCACAUGACCUUUAGUACCCUUUCAAGAUUCACGCCGAACUUCAAGGCGGCGAAACAAAUUGUUCGUGAAAGAGCCAUCUUGGCUUCUCUUGAAGAGCAAAACGCACGCCGUUGUUGAAUCCUUUCUCUCUCUAAAGGAUUGAUUGACAAAAAAAUACUUUCUGCGUCGUCCAAUAUACGCGGUAACAAUGUCUCCUCUCGUCGCACCGCCCUUCGCUGCAUGUCUCAGGUUUAUGCCACUGCUGCUUUCCAUCCUGCUCCUCCUCCUCCCUUCUGAACGCUCUCUGGCGCGUGCUGACGUGACGAAUAGGUCUGACGCGGAGAGGGGCUCUGACGUGGCGAGGAGCUCUGACGUGGCGGCGAGUUACUACGAAUCGGAGCUCUGGCGGCGGUCGCUGCUAUUCAGUCGGUGCUCCAAGUCCAGCCUCAAGGGAUUCACGUCCGCCAGGCGACUCACAGGCGGUCUGUUUCUCCAUUGGCGCGCCACCACAGGGGGCAGCAACAAGGUGAAACUCGCCCUGGUGGCAACCACUGGGUCCCUUGCCGGCCAUGGAUGGUUCUCUGCCGGGUGGUCCCCGGGCGGCAAGAUGGGCGGCAGCAACGUGAUUGUGAUGGAUUCGCCGUCCAGCGCUCCUGUGAUCGCGGAUUUGGUUGGGCACGCUGUUAGUGGCAACCCUGCCACGUGGACUGCUGCUGACACCAGCAUCACGAAAACGAAUCUGGGCAUUAUAAUGAGGUUCAGCCGGCCCAAGGGGGACGCUGGAGUGCCUGUGAAGCUGCGAGGAAGGACCCACAUAGUUUGGGCGUUUGGUCUGGGGGCUUGGAGUCCGAGCGGGCCGCAUGUGACCAGAGGUGCUUCAGUGGUGGAUUUCUCCUGUGACUGUAGAGGGUUGACAAGGCUCUUCUGCUAAACAACUCUGUACUAUGUUCCUCCUGGUGCGCCGUACUAGCGGCUAACCACUAUGAGAAAAAGUUAGGGCGGAUUCCUAUGACCUCGCGUCAGACCACCUCGCUUCCGACUCAUGCGGUCCUGCGUGGUGCACAGGCUUGAUAUCGCAAUUCGAUGCGGUGCGUCUCGGCUCGUCGGGAGUCUGACGCAAGGUGGAGUCUGACGCGAACAGUAGGAAUUUGCCCUUAUUUUGUUCAGUUUCUCCGCAACUGUUGUUUACCUUGUACGUUUUUUUUUUUUUGUCUACGAUGUCCGAAUGCAAAGCUAUCCCUGUAUUGUGGCAUAAUCUAAUCUAUAAUAAACUGUGGCAUUAGCG